AUGGAAUUCCCUGGUCUAGGCGGUCACUGUGCUGUCGAAACAUGUAACCGAUUAGAUUUUCUACCUAUGAAAUGUGAUUCUUGUAGUUCUAUUUUCUGUAAAGAUCAUAUAAAAUACGAUGAACAUCAAUGCCCAUCAUCUUACCGUAAGAAUAUUCAAAUUCCAAUUUGUCCCUUAUGUAACCAAGAUGUCCCCUAUGAAUAUCGCGAUCAAUCGCCCGAUCGCGUUGUAUCAGCUCAUAUAGAUCGUGACUGUAAAUCUGAUCCAGCAUUAAAAAAACGUACAAAAGUCUAUACCAAUAAAUGUUCUGUUCCGUUGUGUAAGCAACGUGAAGCAAUUCAAGUUAAAUGUGAUAAAUGUCUAAGAACGUAUUGUUUACGACAUCGGUUUCCUGAUGACCAUAAAUGUCAAACAUUAGAAAAACAAAAUAGAAAUGAACGUGAUCAAGACACUGCAGUGGCAUCAGCUAUGAAAUUAUCAUUAAAUCAAAGAACUCAAGAAGAAAAUGAUUAUCUUCUAGCAAAAGCUUUGCAAGAAAGUGAACGAGAAGAAGCUCAACGACGUCGUACAACUACAGCUUCAGCAACGAGUAGCAAUGGUCAAUCGACUGAUAAAAAAAGUUGUUCAAUUCAAUAA